GUUGUCACACUAUUGUAAUCCUAUAUCUAUCUAUCUAUCUAUCACACAAACCGAUCCAGCUAGGUAAACCGUAAUCGUGACGAUCCAGAUGCUCGCAACAGAAAAACAACAACUUUCCAACUGCUUUACCCUUUAUUCAUAGAUCUGGGCAGAGUGGAAUACAGCGAUCUAUUCGUGCCUCGAUAGAGUAAACAAUUGAUGCAAAAAGAUUGAGGAAUCCAUUGCAUUAUUUCUGUAAAAUGGUAACAUGCUUGCAAUACUACGAUUCUGAUAUGCCAAUAGAUACUGACAAAACCAGCAAAGAAAAGGACUCUUGACUGGCACCGUUUGAUUGGUCAUAUCUGGACUACAAGCAAGGCAAUACUUUGAAGAUAGCAGUUGAACCGCCCUGGCGUUUUGAAGUAACGGAAGAUCAGAUACUUGAGAUUGCGUAGCACAAUGAAAAGGAGAUGUCAAAAUAUGAAUGGACAGAUGAAUACAGAAAUACAGAUAUCUUAGGUCAAUAGAAAACAUUAAAGCAUACAGGUCUUACGAUGAAUGAAAGCCAGAAACCCGUCACAAUUUUUUGCACAUUGACCGACGAAAGUUACCAAGAAAUAUGAGCCCUGCGUGCAAGAGGUUUCUUGUUGUUCCCUUUUCUCUUUUGUUGUUUUGGAGGUCACAUACAAGGAGUAUUUAUUGAAUAUUUCCCGCUAGGAAUYAUUAAUUGAAGACUACAAGGAUAUAGCAUUUCUCAAACGGGGACAUGAAGAAAUCGAUCGAGGACGGUCAGAGGAUGAAGUAGUUGACUCGUUUCGAGAAACAGUUAGCAAGAUGUUUAUGAUAACCGAGAAAAAACACCGCGCAGUUUACGUCCAGAACAGAAUAAUAUGCAUUCAGUAUUCACUCAUUAAAGAGCUCAUUAACAAUACUCCAAGUCGCCCUUAAGUUCCCUUUAUUGUCAUGAAAAAGGCAAUCUUAUAAUACGAUUCUUUAGCCUUCUCGAUUUCAGUGUUCACGAUAAUUGCAGCAUUUCUUGUAGGAUUGUUUGAAAAAGACGCUUUUAAUUUCAUGACAUAUCUUUCAUCUCGAACGGCAUAUACGUUGUUUCAGCUGAUAUAUAGUUCAUGGUGAUUGGAAAGCCCGAAACAGCUCUGUUGAUACAGGACUUUACGUCACAUCCGGGUUUCACUUCGGAUGACCUUUCAAGCUGCAGCCAGAAAAAUGAUCAUCUUCGAUGGCUGCUUCAUAUCUGUUUAUAAAUCGCCAUCCUUUUCACGGCCAAACUAAACCCUGUUCUCGUAUUUGAGUCAUAUGAGCAUGAGCAAGGCAGAGAAGUAUCUUCAACAGUGGAAUGAAGUCGACAGGAAAACUUACAUAUCAUCAACAAAGGAUAAUCUCAGCUUUUUGGCAUCAGUAGUAAAAUACCCUUCAUUGAUACAUGGAGAACACCUUCCUAAUGCUGUCAGACGCUAUGAGAUGUACUGGUUACCUCUGUGUAAGAAACAUGGCACCAUGUCAUGUGACGAGUGGGCUGCACCUUUGGACGUGGCAUGGGUGUGGUAUCUUCACAUGUUGAUGCCUGAAAACUACGUGAACGACUGUAUUUGUCUUAUUGGUAAUGCUCCUAACCAUGCUUUGAAAUCAGGAAAAACACUCCAGGCGGCUAGACAGUUAACUAAAGAACUAUGGGAUCAGUCUAACGUAAACAAAGAACCAUUUGAUCUUGACUUAGACCGAUCUAUAGAUGUUCAAGAAUAUAAACCCAAGCUUAGACAUGACUUUACUCGGCUGUCUACUAAACUGCGCAACUUUUAUUAUCAAGUCUCUCUCCCCCAUUACCAGGAUGAGAAGUUCCUGGACUCGGCGACGCUGCGUUACGUCACACAUCUGAGUCUACAAAUGAAGGAUCCUUCUUUGAUGCUUUGCCCACCUGUCGACGUACAGCUUGUCAUGUAUUCACAUCAGCUGAAUCCUAUAUUCUAUAACUAUCAAAUAACUGUAAUGCUUGGUAAGAUUGCGAGCCCUUUUGACCUUUUGGACUCGACAGAUAAUCUAGGUCGCCAAUGUCAAAUUGAAGAAGCCACAAAAAAGAUUUGGACUGAAGCUGGUCUCGAGUACCAUAAACCUGGAACACUUUACAGAGGAGAUCCGUCAUAUUUAUCAAUAACAAAUUCUAUUGAUAAGAAGCACAUCGAUCGCUUUGCUAUGCUUCGCCAGGAUUAUGGUAUAUCAGUUACUCAGAUUGACUUGGAAGAUCUUGAUCACCACAACUAUUAUUUGCUGGUUUUCGUGGGAUCUGAAGGAGAGGAGAUUUACAAAGAAAAGAUAAAGUUAGAUGAAGAUAAAUCUAGCAAUAAUAAUUUCUUCUCGAUGGACAAAGAGAAUGGAGUUCAAUAUGUUCAGCUCGAAGAUUUUCCAUCGGACAAGCAAAAGGCCAAAGGAAAAAGCAAGGUUUCAGUGUUUACUCACCAAAUGUAUUCGUUAUUAGAAGAUGCACCAGCGCAAACAGAAGAUCAGGAAAACUCAGAAGAUAUCACCACAUACACAAUUGGUGAUGGUCACUCUACAUUGGUUCAAACCAACUCCAGCACAUCAGAUACUAAAACAAUUAACGUAUCUUUGUACAAGAUCGACCGAACCAGACUACAUUCCGAAAAAAUCUUGAUUGGGAAAACAGAUCUUGAUAUCUUCAAGCAUUUGGAACCAAAAGACUUUCAGCCUUCGCCAAGCAAAGAUGAGAAAAAACGGAAGAUUUGUGUGCCCCUGAAUUUUCCACGUGAUGGUCCACAUAUGCGAGUGACGUUGUCAGUAUCGCCCAUUGGAUGUGGACACUAUGUGUUUCAGGUUAGCCCAGAGUACGGCUUUGCAAAGUUUAAACACAUUUGUAGUGCUCUCUCUUAUCCUACUCUCAUGUUAUCCUUGUCGACCAUUAUUGCACCCAAGACACCAUCUGAAGUAAUGACCUACCCGAUACUAAAUUAUAGAGGAGAAAAGGCCUUUGUAUCCCGGAUUGUACGAUCUGUUGCUACUACAGACGUAUUUUAUGCCGUUGAAAUCUUAGAUAGUAAAGGAAAUGUUGCUGCGACAAGUCACCUUUUGCCUUCCAAUGCAUUGCCAUACAAGACCGAUUUGGCUUCAUCCCGUGGGUGUGCUUAUUUUUCUAAUUAUACAGCAGAAAAUGCCAUGCUCAUUCGGGGUCAGAACGACUGGGGCUUGUGUCUUGGACGUAAAGUGCCUUUACCACCUCGUUUUGGCAAAGGAAAAUCUGCCGUUUUGGCAUUUAAACUGUUUCUUUUGCGCGACAAUACCAAUUGCUAUUGUCCUGUUCAAAAGUUCAAGAAUUCCUUGUACAUGCUGAAAGUACCUUCGUCGCUUUCCGAUCAACAGAACAUGUCGUACAUUUACCUUCAUAUCAGUGACGGUAAAUUCGUCAUGUCCAGUGGCGUCACAGAAGUUCCAGAGAUCCUUGCUCUUGCACUGUCUACGCUUGUGCUGCAAUACCUCUUUUGUGACAAGGAUCGAGAUUGCUGGGCCAUCAUUGACGAUGAAGACGCUGAUUUGUUUAGUAUAUUUCAAAGUAGCGACAAUAUUGGGUUUGCAUGGGAUGGCAAAUACAACGGUGGGGAUGGGGCUCAGCCUUUACAGCGUUUACAGGGCCGGUGUGGUUACCUUGGUUCUCGUCUUUCCCAAGAGAAUUUGAAAUGACAGAAUGAUUCACAAUAGAGAAGACAUGUCUCUCCUUACACUCCCCUAGACGCUCUCCUACUGAUCCACUUUCUGUCCGGAUGAAUGCUCUGUUUAUUUUUGGAAGGUUUAUUCCGUUAGAAAUAGGCCGAUGACAAGCUUAAAAUGUCUUAAGUCUUGUUUAAUUUAAUAGUCCUUCUAACGCUAAAUAGUUAAAGUCUUUUCUAAGACGAACAAGAACACACGUGCAAAAAACGUCCUUACUUAUUGCAGUGUCAGCAUAUUCUUUUUAGGUAACUAUGGUCACUUUGACUUUCCACAUAGGAGCAUACCGUUGGCAUAAAAUUCAUGAUCAAAACAUUGUAAUGCAUGUGGAUCUGUUGCACUUCAUUUACUCCAUGGAUCACAAAUGGGUCCUUGAAAUGACACAUCGGUCGCUCAAACAGCGUCUCAUAAGACCGUUCACAACUGACAAAAGGUAGAAAUCUCAAAUCCAUUUCUGGCUUUACACCUAAACGAUCCAUAAGCAUCCCGAAGUAAGCAUCCUCAAUCGGAAUAAGAGGAACAAAAUUCGUAGCUUCAUAAAGUCUUGGCAGCAAGUUCCCGCUAAACAAAUAUCCUCCACCGGAAAUAUACGGUUUGUAAAAUAUCCCCUGGAAAUCUUUCUCGGAAACAUAGUACCUACUGUCUUCAUCUCGCUCUACUUGCAUGUUUCUUUGAACCUUGCCACGGUACAAAUCCUUUGAACUGUUGACAUUAUGAUGAUCGCUUAACCAUAGCAAAAGCGAUAUAAUAUUGAUAUAACAGUCUUCAUCUGUUUUGAGAAGAUAUUUUGGGCGGCAAUAAUGUAGUGACCACUCAAUACCUAGAAGCAUUUUCUGCGAUAAAUGUCUAAAAGUGUCAGGAAAAUCCCCAAUGAUGAUGUCAUCGUAGAAUUGUGCUUCCUGCCGAAGGAGGUGGUUGAUUCGGGAAUUAUUGCUCUUGGCAACCAAAAACACAGUUUUCCAAGAUCUGAAAAAUAAAAGUACAAAAGUUUGGCGACAA